CUCUUCAUCUUUGACAUAUGAUUAGCACAAUCAUGGGAGUGAUAUUUCAUCACCUUUGCUAUCUUCUCUUGGUUAGAAACCAACCGCAGGUCUCAUUCACACUCGACAGGAGAGGGGGGUUACAGAAAUCCACAGCUACCAAUGGGCAGGAGUCACAGAGCUGUCUUAGAAUUCUGCUUACCACAUCUAAGACUGAGUUUAAACACAAGACUGGCUCCAUGUUUAAGAGUUCCUGCUCCUAACCACGAUGAUCUUCUUUCUUCCUUUAAAGAAAGUGAACCUACUUUAUGACCUUCCAUGGAGUUCCAAGUAAGGUAACUCUCAGCAAAUUCAUAUACCAAUUCCCUUCACACCUCCACUUUUAAAGGUCACCCCUUCAAGAAACCAUAACUACUCACAGUUUUGUAUUUUCAGGAAUUUCCAACAGUCUCUCUAAACACUCAGGUUAUAUGUUAUUUCAAUUUGUUCAUAUUUGUCUGAGGCAGCAAUAACCCUGGGGUUUGGGAUUUGAGAUGUGAGUUCUCAAAUAAUAACCUUAGCUCUGCUUUUUGUCUUUGAAACAGAUGAGAUGAUUGAAAAGAAACAGUGAACACCUUCAUUUUGUAGACAGGACAACAUGGACCAACCGCUUACUCUUAAUUCUCUGAAAAAAUUAGCUGCUAUGCCUGACCACACAGAUGUUUCCUUAAGACCAGAAGAGCGAGUCCGUGCCCUAAGGAAGCUUGGUUGUAAUAUCACCAUCAGUGAAGACAUCACUCCACGACGCUACUUUAGAUCUGGAGUAGAAAUGGAGAGGAUGGCAUCUGUGUAUCUGGAGGAAGGAAAUUUGGAAAAUGCCUUUGUUCUUUAUAAUAAAUUUAUAACCUUGUUUGUAGAAAAGCUUCCUAGUCAUCGAGAUUACCAGAAAUGUGCAGCACCUGAAAAGCAGGACAUUAUUAAGAAACUGAAGGAGAUUGCAUUCCCAAGGACAGAUGAAUUGAAAAAGGACCUUUUAAAGAAAUAUAACGUAGAAUACCAAGAAUAUUUGCAAAGCAAAAACAAAUAUAAAGCCGAAAUUCUCAAAAAACUGGAGCAUCAGAGACUGAUAGAAGCAGAAAGGAAGCGGAUUGCCCAGAUGCGCCAGCAGCAGCUGGAGUCAGAGCAGUUUCUGUUUUUCGAAGAUCAACUCAAGAAGCAAGAAUUAGCCCGAGGCCAGAUGCGAAGUCAGGAGACCUCAGCGCUGUCGGAGCAGAUUGAUGGGAGUGCUUUGUCCUGCUUUUCCACACACCAGAACAAUUCUUUGCUGAAUGUAUUUGCAGAUCAACCUAAUAAAAGCGAUGCAACCAAUUACGCUAGCCACUCUCCUCCAGUAAACAGAGCCUUAACGCCAGCUGCCACUCUAAGUGCUGUUCAGGAUUUAAUAGUUGAAGGACUGCGAUGUGUAGUUCUAUCAAAAGAUCUUUGCCACAAAUUUCUGCAACUGGCAGAGUCAAACACAGUGAGAGGAAUAGAAACGUGUGGAAUACUCUGUGGAAAACUGACGCAUAAUGAAUUUACUAUUACCCAUGUAAUCGUGCCAAAGCAGUCUGCAGGGCCAGACUAUUGUGACGUGGAGAAUGUAGAAGAAUUAUUCAGUGUUCAGGAUCAACACGAUCUCCUGACUCUGGGAUGGAUCCAUACACAUCCCACCCAAACAGCAUUCUUAUCCAGUGUGGAUCUUCAUACUCACUGCUCUUACCAGCUUAUGUUGCCUGAGGCAAUUGCCAUCGUUUGUUCACCAAAGCAUAAAGACACUGGCAUCUUCAGGCUCACCAAUGCUGGCAUGAUUGAGGUUUCUGCUUGUAAAAAAAAGGACUUUCAUCCACACACCAAUGAGCCCAGGCUGUUCAGUAUAUGCGAACAUGUGUUGGUAAAAGACAUGAAAAUAAUUGUUUUGGAUCUGAGGUGAUAUGUUCCAAAUCCAAGCACCAUCAACAUCAGACACCUGCCCAUGGACAUGUGGCCGCCGGAUUUUCUUAAGAUGUUUCCAGAAAAGACUGAUAUUUUAUAUUUAUACAUUUUAGAUCAGAAAGUUUGAUAUUUAUUGCUCUUGCACAUUUUGAAGUUUUCUUUUUUGGGUUGCUCCGUGUCAUGAGAGGUUACAUGGUGUUAAAUUAUGCCUAUUAAUAUACCCAAAUACUAUGACCAGAUAAUAAAUUGUGCUGCAACAACAGGUCUGGUA